UGCAGAUUUUUAUAUAUGCUCAGCAGCUGAAUAUUAAAUCCAAUAUUCUUGGAACUUUAGUCACUGCAUUUAUCCAGCAUUUGAAGUUUCCAAACCAAAUAUGAAAUCAGCCAUUUUAUACAUCGUUUUCCUAUUGGCUUCUUUUAAUCUGGCCUACAGUCAAGACGAUAUUGAUUUCGAAAAUGUCUUCGAAAGCCAAAGCAUUCCAAGUUUCUCAUCGAAUGAGCGUGUUUCAUCCUAUGAUACUAACUCAUACUAUAGAAAUGAAGAAAGUACUCAGUCUCAUGUGGUUAUUCCCUGGAUUGGUUCGGAGAACGUGGACUCGUCGAACAUAAAUUCAAAUCAAAGCGAACAAAUGAACUCUGAUAUCUCUUUUGGAAGUAAUGAAACAUCUUCAUCGACGAAUGCUUCAUUAGUGUCUUCAAUGAAGACAUCGUCAACAGUGUCAACUUCUUCGAAAGAGUCUUCGUUAGCACUAUCUAACAGCAGCUCUACAAGCACUUCUACACUGAAACGGUUGGAAUCCAUAACAGAAACCUUCAAUAAUGAAGCAUUGUCAGAUGAAGGAGACAAUUCUUCUGAAUCUUCUGCUAUGGCAGAUGGCAGGACCAAAUCGGGUAGGAAAUCAACCAUAUUUUUUGUUUCUUCUUCUAGCGAACCAUAUGAGUCAACAACAUCAUCUGAUGAAGAGGAAGAAGUUGUUCUUGGUACAAGGCAAAAUAUUCUUCCUCUUCCAAAAACAGCUCUUCAGAAAGCUAUGGAAUGGAUGAAGGGAGACGCAUACACUCUUAGCAUUGUUAUGCCAAUUGCUGCUGGUGUUGUUUUUGCAUCAACGAUAAUAGUAUUUAUAGCCACAUGCAGAUGUAUCAGACGAAGAUGUCGCCGUCGUAGACUCAGAAGAAAAGCACUGCCAGUAAGUUAAACGUUUCCUUUCCAU